UCUAGGGAUUCCAUCAAGCUGGAUGACCUGAAGGCGGAGGUAUCACCACGGAUUUCAGCAGAAGAUCUGAUUGACUUGUGCGAGUUGACAGGACCUAGUCAUUCCAAAACACCUGUAAAGAAGACAAAGUCUAGCAAGCCAAAGCUGCUGGUAGUGGACAUUCGUAACAGUGAAGACUUUAAUCGUGGCCACAUUGCUGGCAGCAUCAAUGUCCCAUUUGGAUCAGCAUUUACUGCAGAAGGGGAUCUCGUCCAGUGCCCAGCAACUGCCAUGCUCCAGAGCUUUAAAGGAAGAGUUGUGGUGAUUGUAGGAAAUGCAGCGAAGAACACAGCUGCUUUUGCAGCUCAUCUGGUGAAAAACAAGUACCCAAGGGUCUGCAUCCUAGAUGGAGGAAUCAACAAGAUCAAGCCAACUGGUCUCCUUACUGUUCCUUCACCACAAAUUUAAGUGACUGUAAACGUUUAGGACAAUCUAUCUGAACAGGGCUUAUCAUACAGCAUGGAUAUUGCAAACCAAAAGGGCUUUGUGGCAUCUUCAUUGUACAAGCUGUCCUGAUGAUCAAUGUCU